CUACACUGGCGUACAGCCAUCAGAAUGAAAGAGAAUGAACCUGCAUGGAUAUGACGUUACUCCUGUGGUACAGUUCAGUCUAACUGCAUGGCGAUUGCAGCGGAAAGUUAAACUACGCAGCUGUCCAGGAACAGUUAAUUUACCACUGGCGCAGAAAACAUUUUAAAAAUAAGUUUGGACAAUGAAGAAAUUUGCGAGCAGAAAAGUUUUACCCAACACCGAACUGAACUAUGUGGAAUUCCAGAAACAACCCAUGCCGAACGCUGUGUAAGGAUUAACCUCUAAAUUCAGAUCUUUUUUUUCUUUCAUACGCAGGAGAGGUCUGUUUUAAGUUACAGGAUUUAAGUAUGGAGGACAAAGGCCCUUUGUUGACUUCAGCUAUUAUUUUCUACCUGUCCAUCGGGGCAGCAAUCUUUCAAAUUCUUGAAGAACCGAACUGGGAGAUUUCAGUUGCAACUUACACAACUCAGAAGGAAGAGAUACUUAAAACCUAUCCCUGUCUCAAGAAAGAGGACUUGGAAAAGAUUUUGAAGGUAGUGUCAGACGCUGCUGGGCAGGGCAUCGCCAUCACAGGAAACAAGACCCUCAGGAGCUGGACUUGGCCAAAGGCUGUUGUCUUUGCUGCCACUAUUAUCACCACCAUAGGUUAUGGGAACAUUGCCCCAAAAACUGUUGGUGGCCGGGUUUUCUGCAUCUUCUAUGGUCUGUUCGGAAUUCCACUGUGCCUCACCUGGAUCAGUGAACUGGGCACAUUCUUCGGGUCCAGAGCAAAGAAGCUGGGGCAUUACUUGAUCAAGAAAGACUUCACCGUGCGCAAAGCCCAGUUAGUCUGCAAUGCCGUCUUUGUCCUGUGGGGGGUGAUGGUCCACCUGGUGAUCCCUCCCUUCAUCUUUAUGCAUCAGGAGCAAUGGUCCUAUGUCGAGGGCUUGUAUUUUUCUUUUGUUACUGUGACGACCAUUGGCUUCGGGGAUCUAGUUGCAGGUGUUAACCCAGAUAUAGAUUACCCUGCACCAUAUCGCUGCUUUGUGGAGUUGUGGAUUUGCAUGGGCCUGGCCUGGCUCAGCCUGUUCUUCACCUGGAAUGUGAACAUGGUGGUGAGAGCCCACAAGGCCUUCAAGAAGAGAAGGAAGCAUCGAAGAUCAUCCCUGGAUGAACCACAGAACCACACAAAAGACAGCAAAACCCAGUGUCAGUGCCACACUGCUGCGGAUGAAGUCAACAUCUUCAAAUUCCUUUCAGAGAAACAGGAUGGAUACGCUGAGCUUGUCAUGAAGAUCGGGACAGAGAUGACAGAGAACAGGAUAGGGAAGGAGUUGGUGAGGUCUCAGAGCUGCAGUGACAUUCGUAAUUUUGGUAUCAUCCAAAAAUUGGAGCACUCACCCUUUCAUAAGAAACGUUUCAGCUUCAAGAACAUGGAUCUCUCCAAGAACAAAAGCCAACAAGGCUUAGAGAAUGAAAUGCUCCUGAUGGAUAAACACACAGACACCAACACGAAGGAGAGCAAGCUGGGCCAGAAUUCCAUGGAGGAGGCAGUUAUUGUGUGUCACUCCCAGUUGGGCACUCUUCAGAAUGCUAAGCGCUUCAUCGAUGAUGAACCGCCCUUGACCUUGGAUGGCAUUAAGACCACACCUUCCAACGAGCACAUGGAGUCAGGGAACAAACCUUCAGGGGAACAGUGAUAUUGUUAAAGAGGUGUCAUUUUUCAUUGUCAAUGGCUCUUACUACUGCCACUAUUUCCGGAAGCUGUUGGAGGACCAUACUUAGAUACUGAGACAUCUAUCACCGUGCGUUGUCCCCAUCUUCUGACCACAUCAAACGCAGUACCUCACGACAAGAAAAUGGCUGUUUUUAAUUGAAUUGCUUAAACCCCAAUUAGACGCAGGCGUCUAAAAAUAGCAUUCUCUAGUAAAUUAUUGCUUUCACCGGUGAUUCAAUGUGCACUACGGUAGCACCUACACCAUUGUAAAGUGUAGACACUUCGCACUUUGAUGCAAAAAACCCUGUCUCGAUCAGUAAAACCACUAGGUUUCCUCAAAGGAGGGCUGAAAUUGACACCCCAGGUUGAUUUUUAUGAUAUUUUAUAAGCCAAUAACUGUCUACAACAAGUCAAACAAUUGCUAAUACUACAGUGAUGACAUUGAUAUUGUUAAAAUCCUCCUCUGAUCCCUAAGCAAUAAAUCUGCUCUUUGUAUAUAGGUUAGCAAAAGUCAAUAUUCAUUAUACAUUAUACGUAUUUCUAUGCACGUAAAUAGAAUGGCUAAUGCGAAAAUGGUUUUUUUUUUUGUUUGUUUUUUUUUUUGAUAAAGCAACUUACCUUACAAGCAACAAAAAAGUAUCUCAAUUAGACAUGCCGGUGCCAAAGUAGUAGUAGUAGUAAUUGUGACUACUACCAUUUCUUAAAUGACCUAAAAGCAAGCUACUACUACCCUCUCUAAGAUCUACCAAUUGUGGCUUUUUCCGUGCUUGGAAAUCAUAGUGUCGAGUUCUUCAAACUAAUUUACAUAGCUUUCAAACACAGCUUACAGUUCCCUUCUAGCAGAAAUGACGGCCUUUUCGCUUUUUCGCGCUCUAUUAUUGUAAACUGUUUAUGAUUCAGUUUCCUCCUUGUGAGCUCUCACUCUGUCGUGAUAAGGAGGUUUGCUACUGACAAGCAGUCUGGGAGCUGACCUGGGAGUACACAGCAAGGUAAAAUCAAGUGGUUUGAUUGCUUCGAAGUGAAUUUAGUUUGUGUGAUAACUAACCAUUAUGGACACAUUUUGUAUAUAGAAGCUCUCCAAAAUGACAGCAUUAACUGAAAUACAGGGCUUGGUCAAAAAGUGAGAAUGGGUAAACAAAGAAUAUUUAUUUUGUGGGGUUCCAGAGGGUACCACCCUCAAUGAAGUUAGUGAAAUCUAGAAGUGGAAUAUGUCUGGGGAAAAGAUGGUAAAUGUUUGGCGCCAUUUUAAGAGGUUUUCAGGAGAUUUUGGUGCCACCUUUGGGAAAACGCAUGUCAAAUUUUCCUUCUUCAUUCAAUCCACUCCAAACUUUUUUCCUGGUGUUAUAUACAUCCUGGGGUAUGAUUGGGAAAAUAAAUCUGGUUUCGUCCAGUAUCAGAAGUACAUAUAAUCAAUUAUGUCCUGUAUUUUUAUGGAGUGAGACUCCCAUACGAUCAGGGGAUUUGAUCAUUUUGGUGUGAAUGUCCUCUUUAUUUCAAGUUUUGAACCAUGUUUGUACUGUAUAUACGUUUGGAGAUCAUGGUGUUUAUUUAAGACGGGGGGGAUUCUUACAAAAAAUCCAGGAUUUUAUGUGGAGUUUAAGGGGUUAAUGUACCUCAUAGCCAUAUACACUUUGCUUCAUUUUAUGAAAAAGCAGUCAAGCAAAUGGUGAUUUGAGACUGGGUUGUGUGGUUUAGCCAUGCAGGAAUUUUCCAUGAUGUUACACAUCCUAUUAUGCAUGUGAAGGAUACAUUUGAUUCAUUUAUUCACCUUCACAGGGAACCAGCAGUGGAUAUUAUUUUACAUAGGACCGAUCCUGUUUUUGAAUGUAUGUCAGUGUUCUUACGGAAAGCAUUGCAAGUCAAUUUUGCAGACCUAAAUGCUUUAUUUAUCCCAUAUGGCCAAAAAGAAAGUAUUAUUGAAUUGAAAUGAGCAACAGAUGGGUCAUCUGGACAUAACAUUGCUAGUUUUGUUCCAAGGAAUAAUCGUCAAUGACUGUUUGUACAUUGAUAUUUUAGCAUCCAAAUUAAUGCAAGUUUCUCAUGUCUUCCAAUGAUGGUUAAUGGCUAGAGAUCAACACAUAACAAUUAAAUGCCUGUAUGAAAAUCUAAUUUUAUGUAUAUAGAUGAAAUAGGACGAAAGGAAACUACAAGUUUAGUUUGUUCCAAAUUAGAUGUGUGCUGACCAUAUUGGUGCAGUUUUAUCCAUGCUGUUAAUUUAGCUGUGUCUCCCAUAUCAAUUCCUUGCCUCCACAGGUAAGGAGAUCUAACGCUGAAACACUGAACUAGCAGAUCUGUAACAUUACAUGCAACAUUGUGGACUAUUGUGCUCUUUGACUGUGUAACAGAAGAAGAAGCUACUACAUAAGCAAUGCAUUAGUGAGCCGAUCGCAACCCCCAUUUCUGCACAGGCUCUGGAUAUAGUCCGUCUGUACUAACGACACAUUAAAUGUACCCAUCCAAUUCCGCUCAGCUCAGCUGACUGUGACUAUGUAGCUCAGCAGCGGCUGCAGUAAGCAGAGGUGCCAGUUGGCAACAUUCACUUUGAAGGAGAGUGUAUGCUAGCCCGAGGGACGAGAUUACAGGUUUAUGGAUACAACUUUUACAUUCAGUCUGUGAGAACGAACAGCAGCCUGGGGUUAAAUAAAAACAUCAUUAUCUCCUCUC